CCAAUAUGGCGGCUUAAAAUUGUUUUGGCUAGUAGCGGAGAAAAAGAUACAAAAAAUUAACAAGGAUUAAAGCAUUAUAUUGGCCCAAAUUGGCUAUUUUAAUAUACUAAAUGACUAGGUGCUGUAACAACUGUGAAAAUUUAUGGUAUAGUUUUAAAAAUGACUUAAAAAUUUCAGUUUAGUGCGAAGAAUUCUAAGACUCACAUAAAGUUGUAUAUGUUUCGUCGAAAAGUUAAAAGCGUUGAUUACGCAGCAAUUCACGAAAGAUACCAAGACACUGCUUUAGUUAUCUACAAGAAACAGCAGCAAGAAUUAAAAGGGAGAUCGGACAAGCGAACGUCAAGAAAACAAUCAAUAAGGCGAUUGCCUGGCAGUUUAAGAUGGUCUAAUCGUGGAGAAAGCUCGAACGAUUCAGCUCAGAGAAGGAACAAUGAUGUUUCAGCUGUACUCAGUACAGCACACAUAGAGGACGAUUUCAGAGAAAGGGGUGAUGAAGGAGUGAUAUCUGCAGAUAAUGACGGAGAGGGGUUAGAAGAAAAUCGGUUGGGAGUUCAAUCGAAAGUCUGCUCUGUUCUUUGAACAACGUAUAUGAUACAGAACACCUGAUACCAAUACACACCUAAUCUAUAUUAAUAUGUAUAUAUGUACAAAUCUGCCCUGGAACCUUAUAUUGGCCUAGUUUAAUAUGGAUUGUCCGUUGAGACGGAUUGAACAGGCGAAUCUUUCUACAACACUGGCUCAGACAAGCUCUAGUUUCAUUCGUGUCUCUAGUCUCAUUCGCAGACGCUCUCGGGGAGUUUAAAGCCCUGUUUACACUACGCUCUCAAUUUUUGGUACGGCACGGAUAAAAUUGUAGGACUACCUAUUUAGGUAGUCCAAAAACCAAAAAGUGGUACGGUACCAAAAAUUGAGCGUAGUAUAAACGGGGCUUAGCUAAAUAUAUAGGUAGUCCAAGAACCAAAAAAGUGGUACGGGUACCAAUUUUAUCCGUGCCGUGCCAAAAAUUGAGCGUAGUGUAAACGAACAACGGGUACGGAAUACGGUUGAGAGCUUGUUUUCGCGUUGCUUUAACAGAGGCAGACAAAAUCCCCAGAGCAUACUUUUCACCGUAGCGACCUUGGCUACAGGGUAAAAAUCAUAUUCUUGUGUUGUAAAACAGAAUCGAGAACAUAGGCAUAGCACCGAAAAAAUGAUGCAAUAUAAAGAAAUGAUGAAAAUUAAAAGAUGAAACUUACCGAACACAAAGCCAUGCACAUAAAACAUAUUUGGGAUAAAUUUGUUUUGACAAGCAUUUAGUAUUUGCAUACAUAUAACAAAAACUAUUUCAAGCGUAGUCGGUAGUUUGUCGUCAAGAUCUUAAACUCCCUACGUUAUCGUACGUGAUAGCAAGUCUGCGAAGGAGACUGCCAGACUGGUGUUCGUGUUGGUAUCUAGGAAAUCAGUAGAACUACCGUGACUUUGAAAGAAUGUGUUGUGUCUAGUUGUUCGUGUAGGAACUAUAAAAUAUUAAAUGAUGUCAAAAUCUUGUCAAGAUCUAAAAAUUUGUACCACCGGCACCGGACAGCAUUUUUUUUUCAGUCUUUCUAAAAUUGUCAGAAAAUCCUGUGAAAACACGGAUAUCGAACCCACCACACAGUUGAUAAAAAGAAACUUUAAUUUAGAAUCGGGGUUUACCAACAAAACGGACGAUUUUAGAAAGUUUGAAAAAUUCUCAAUCCGGCGGAUAGCGGUGUAGUGCUACAGAAAGAUGUAGAACAUUCUAACGGUCAGAGUAUAGCCAAAUCACAUUUUACCGAUUGAAAAAAAAAACAAGUUAUCUUCUUGCUUACAGCCAGGCGUGUGGGCGCGAGUAAUAUAUAUAUAUACAGGCAUCAAUAUUAAAAUAGAUUUCUUUAUUAAUCAAGGCAAUUUGAAAAUAUUUACGCUGAGUAAUUUCCAACGCGAUGUGAGAGAACUAAUUAAUAUGUAAAUGA